UUUAGUAGUCGCCAGAUUUUUGAGUUACGAAGAAGUUAGAGUGAGAACUUACACGCGGUUCUGAAAUGUUCUAGGUUUUAAAUUUGUUUAAAUAAUGUCCGCUAAAAUUUAUGUUAACCUUGGAAUUCUUUUUGUGUUCCUCGUGCAAUGCGUUUCUGGUCAAUUGAACCUACAUGAUCGAAUUGACCAAAUAAGAUUAGGCGUGUCAGCUGGUUUUAGAAUUCUGAAAAACACCUCUCAAAUUAUAUCGCUUGAAAAGUUGGGUGCUUUGGGAAGGGAUGCUCUUUAUGAAAUACCAGGUCUCACUCUUAUGGAGGCUCUUAACAAGUUCUGCUCACUAGCCAUACUGACGGAUAAGGACUUGGGUCGUUAUGAAAAAAUCAAACCUGACUAUGAUAGGUUGAGGUUGAUCCUUUACAGUAGUUCCGAGAACACAUCAUAUAGCUUAGGUGAAAUGAGUAAAUUAGUGGAGAAUCCUGCAUUUAAUAAAAAUGAUCCCGUUGUUAUUAUGGUAUCUGGUUGGUUGUCCAACAGAAAGGAUAAACCCAACGAUCCAGCUAUAGCAAUUUAUAAUGCAUAUAAAUGUCGAGGUCACACUAAUUUUCUUCUGGUCGACACGGACGUGUUUAUUAGCACACUUUAUUCCUGGUCUGCUCUAAAUACGGAAGAAAUAGGCAAACUAAUAGCCCCAGCAAUUGCUGAUCUCAUCAACUAUGUCAACAUCAGCCAAAUACAUGUGGUCGGUCACAGUUUAGGAGCUCAAAUUGCUGGUGCUGUAGGACGACACUUACAGGCUAGUACACAAAAAUCACUUGUUCGUAUUACUGGACUCGAUCCAGCUCGUCCGUGCUUCAAUCAAGGUGAAGCUCUAACGGGUCUUGGCCGAGGAGAUGCUCUUUUUGUGGAUGUAAUUCACACAAAUUCCGGGGGAUUUGGUCAAAAAGAACCAGUUGGUGAUGUUGAUUUCUAUCCAAAUGGUGUUAAACUUCAUAUGCCAGGUUGUAGCAGAAUGUCAUGUUCUCAUUCCUUGUCGUGGAAGUACUAUGCUGAAAGUGUAUAUCCUGGGAAUGAGUAUGGUUUCCUAGCGACACGUUGCAAUUCCAUCUAUGCCUAUGCGCGGAAAUUAUGUAGUCAAAAAACAAUUCCAAUGGGUUAUGCAACACCAACAACAGCCAAGGGUAAUUACUUCUUAACGACAAAUGAGCAUCCACCAUAUGGUAAGAACUCGAAGGUAUCAACAAUAUUAAAUAAAUGUGCCUCUAGAAAAUACAUUACUCGUUUCAUUAACAAUAUCUCCUAAAUUGUUACCCUACAAACCCUACAAGAUUAAAGUUCAACAUGAAUUUUAGCUUCAUUCAGGAUUACAUAUUAAAUUGUAUUUAUCAUAUCUAGCUUUCAGUUUUUUUCACACUAAAAGAAGCGAAAACAGGUGGUAAAAUUGUAGAUUUUCUUUAAUAAUUGAGUUACCUGUAAUCCAUAGGUAUUAUUAUUUUAUUUGAAAAAAUAACUAAUUUUAUUUCAUAUCAAAAAAAAAUAUUUCUAAAAGUUCAAAAUUUCUAUCGGCCGAAAGUUUCUUGACACAUUUGAAAAAGGUAUUCAAAUAGUCAAAUACGUGCAUCAAACAUCAUAUUUUUCUAUUAUAUUUUGAAGUUAUGUUAUUUGAGGGACAAAUGGUGCUUUGUCAGUUUAUGCAUAUAUAAAAGUGAUAAAUGUCAAGAAACUUUUGGCCGAUAAAAAAUGAUUAACUUUUGGAGAACAAUCGUUUUUGAUAUGAAAUAAAAUUAGUUUUUUUUUAAAUGCAUAAAUAAUAUCUAUGGAUAAUAAGAAACUUAUUUACAAAAAGAAAAAUUUAAAAAAAAUAUAUUUUUUAUACAAUUUUCCACCAGAUUUGUCGAAUAAACUUUGUCAAGAAACUUUUGGUUAAUACUGUACUUUAACCACCACAUGGACGAAAUGAGUAAUUAAAAUGUCUUCGAUGGCUUUCGAAUCCGAUCUUCGAAUAUCUUUUCUCUUAGGAACUCUGCGGGCUAUAAACGAUCUGACUAGCAUAUUUCUCAACCUAUUGCAAUAGAUUUAUUUGAAAGCACUUAAAAUUCCAAUAGAAUAACAAAUUUAUAAUAAAACAACUUAAUUGAAA